GGAAGGCUCAGUGUUAGAGUUGUCUAGGUAAUAGUAAGUAGGACUAGUGAAGAUGGCCUCCCAAGCCUCCCAACUGUGUCAGAACUACCACAAGGACUGUGAGGAUGCUGUUAACGAGCAAAUCAACCUGGAGCUCUAUUCCUUCUAUGUUUACCUCUCCAUGUCCUUUUACUUUGACCGGGAUGAUGUUGCCCUGCGUCACUUUGCUGAGUUCUUCAAGAAGCAGUCCCAUGAGGAAUGGGAACACGCUGAGAAACUGAUGGCAUUCCAGAAUAAACGUGGAGGCCGAGUCCUCCUGCAGGACAUCAAGAAGCCAGAGCAGGAUGAGUGGGGCAAUGGUCUGGAGGCAAUGCAGAGAGCUCUGCAGAUGGAGAAGGAUGUGAACCAGAGUCUGCUGGAUCUGCACAAACACUCCUCUGGCAACACGGACCCUCAUCUGUGUGACUUCCUGGAGAGGCACUACUUGGAUGAGCAAGUGAAGAUGAUCAAGAAGCUGGGAGAUCACAUCACCAACCUGAAGAGACUGGGAGCCCCUGACAAUGGCACGGGAGAGUACCUGUUUGACAGGCUCACCCUGGGGGAGAGUGACUGAACUGACUGCAGGGAGCAAACUUUGUCUUUUUUUUUCUUGUGUUGCUUGAGACCUUGUGCUGUGAAAACUUGUGGCAAGGCCUAACUCUAGUGAAAUGACCAAUAACUGUGCAAAUAAAUUGAUCAAUUUAAACUGGAA